AAUUUACUUACGCAUGUGCUAAAUUUAAACAUAAAUUUUCUACCAUAGCAACAUGCCGAUACCAAAGAAGCUAAAAGAUCCAUUACAGAAAACAAUACCGAGAAAUCCAAAAUAUGAAAAUAUUCAACCAACAAUUGACACAGGCGCCAGUCUAUCGAAAUACUUAAAGAAAAUGGAAGAGAUUCGUGAAAAUUAUAGAAUGAAAGAUGAUGAGAUUUUUAAACGAAUCAAAAUUCCAACAUUUGUUCAACUAAUUUUACAAAUAUCUGAAGUACAACAACAACAACAAAAUAAUGAUUUAAACAACCAUAAUUCAUGUAGUACACCAAGAAAUGAAGUUGACAAUCGUAUUAAUAAUAAGUCAAUAAAUCGCAAUGAUUCUGCACAUGGCAAUGUGGAUCCACCUCUAACUGAAAGAUCUACACUUGAAAGUCUUGUUACUGGUGUUGGGGAAUUUGACAUAUGUUUUGGUCAGUCACGUUCACAAAUCCCAGAUACAACUAGCAAACUGACUUCAUUAGUCGACAGUCCAUAUUUAUUACUUGAUGUAAGAGAUCGAGAUGAUUAUGAUGCAUGUCAUAUUAUAACAGCUCGUAAUUAUCCAAUUGCAAUGUUAUCCCGUAGUGUAAAUUUUGAAACUACUGAAAUGUUAGCUUAUCGUAAUCGACCUGAUCAUAUUAUUAUUGUAUAUGAUGAAGAUGAACGUUUAGCACCUAGAGCUGCAUCUACAUUAGUACAGAGAGGUUAUUGUAAUUUAUUUAUGUUAUCAGGUGGAUUAAAAGUAUCAUGGAAAUUAUUUCCAAAAGGAUUAAUCAUUGGAGAAAUGCCAUUAUCUAUUUCAUAUGCUUUGAAAUUACGUGGGAAAACUCGGAUAUCAUCUAGACCAUCGUCUCAUCAAAGUUCUAUUCAUAAUUCUCAAAUUAAUCAAAAUUCUUUUAUACCAAAUUCAUCAACAUUAUCGCUCCAAUUAGAUCGUCGAAAUAGUAAUAUGCCAUUAAUGUAUUGUGCAUUAGGGACACGAGAUAAUUUAGACGGAUGUGAAGAAUUUCUACCUGAAGAUAUUGUUCAUUUAACGUUAACGAUAGAAAAAGGUGUUGACGAUGGACGUUCCAUUCGAUCGAAUUACAGUCGUUGUACUAAUUCAUCAACAUGUUAUUCAACGGUAACUAAUGGUAGAAAACCUUUUCGUUAAUACAAAAAAACAAACAAACAAGCAAACAAAUUGAGAAUUCAAACAUUCAAAAAACUAUCACUCUGUGAAAAUAAUUAUAUUGUGAUAAUAAUAUUCAGUGUUAAACGUUUGUUUUGUUUUUUUUCUUCCCCAUGUAAAACACUAAAAGAGUAACAUGAGUUGUUGUUCUUAAAUACUUUGUUGUAUGUGUGUGUGUAUGUAUGACAAAAGAAUUUAAUCAUCAUGUGUGUAGUUUAUAUUCAUGAUUAUUUCUAGAAAUAUCUUCAUCUUUUAAUCUACCUAUUAGAAUAACAAACAUAAUAUACAAAAGGAUAUGAAUAAACUAGAACUUAUCCAUUUCUUUUUUCAUCCUAUCAAUUAUAUCCCUGUUAAAUACCAAUUGUUUUAAUCUAACCAUUCUCAUUCAUUGAAUUCACUUAUUAAAUUGUUUACUUCCUUUUAUUUCUUUCCUUUUAAUGACAUAUAUUCAUUAAUGUGUUCAUUGUCUUUUUUAAUUAUUCUCUUACCGGUUAAAAUAACAUUACUUCUAUAUAUAAAUUGUUUUUUUUUCAAUUUUUGAUCAGUUACAUUUCACUAUGUAAUUGUUUGUUUGCUUUAUGCGCUUACAUUCAUUCAAGUUCACUUCUUCUCUCUUUUAUAUAGAUGAAGAUUUGAAUUUGUUUCAACUGAUUGGUUUUAUUAAAAUGAACCAUAUCUUGUUUUAUUGUUUUCAAAAGUGUAUAAUAUAUUGCAUUAUUUUAAAAUAAUAAUAGAUAAAGAAGAACAUAAUAAUAAGAAAA